AUGAUUAUACUACCGCUUUUCACAAUUUUAAUAUCAUUCAUAUUCAUUAUAUUCAGUUAUGCAUCACCACGACUAGAAAGAAUAAUAAAUCCAAAAACUACAAAAGAGGUUGAACAAGUUUCAACUACUACUACACAAAUUUCAAUUCCUACAUCCUCAUCAUCAUUUUUACCAUUAAAUUUUAGAUCAAUUAAUGAUUGUGAAUUAACUAAUCUUUUAUUAAUUAGUGAUAUAGAUGGAAAUUUGCAUGGUGUUUCAAGAUUACUGGGUAAUUUAUUAUGGAGUCUACCCAUAGAUAAACCAUUAGUUAGAAUUCAAACAAAUAAUUCUGAUGCCACGGCAGAUUCUUCAAGUUCAAGUUCAAAUAUUUUAUGGUUUGUCGAACCUUAUCAAGAUGGAGAAUUAUAUUAUUUCACUCCUAAAUUUGGUUUAAAUAAAUUACCUACUUCGAUUAAAGAUCUUGUUAUGAAUUCACCUUUUUCAUUAAGUAAUGAUGAUAAAAUAUAUACCGGAGAAAGAAAAACAAGUUUAUAUAACAUAAAUAUCAAUACAGGGGAGAUUCAAAAUUCAUUUGGGUAUGAUAAAUGUCCUAUCAAUACAACUACAGACUCAUCUGGUGAUAGAAUAAUGAUUGGAAAGACAACUUAUGAAUUAUCAAUACAUUCAAAAUUAAAUAAAAAUAUUGUAUGGAAUGUUACUUAUUCUCAAUGGGUUCCAAAUAAUAUAGAUAAUGAUUUAAUAAUGCAAAAUCAACAAUCAUUGGAUAAAUUAUAUUUUACACCUUUCCAUGAUAAAUCUUUAUUGGCAAUUAAUAAAGAUAUUGGUACACCAGUUUGGAUUUCAAAAUUACCUUCAUUAGCAGUUAAUAUAUUUGAUAUUUUUAAAAAUAAUAAUGAUUAUAUUUUAUUACCACAUCCAACAAAAGUAUUAAAUGAUUUGCAAAUUGAAAAUAAUCAAAAUUUAAAUAAUGAUUUAGUAUUCAUUAAUAAAACAUCAAAUUUAAAACAAUGGAUAGCUAUGAGUUAUAUAAAUUAUCCAACAUUAAUUAAAUCUGCUCCACUAUCAAAAUAUCAAUUAAUUUUAAAUAAUUAUUAUCAAAAUAAUCAUAAUAAUAUGAAUUCAAUUGAAUUUUUAGAAAAUUUCAAUAUUAAUGAAGACCAAAAUGAUGUUAAAGAAAUUGAAGGUUUAUUAUCUGGUAUUCAUAAAGUAUUUGAAGUCUCAUCUGAUUCAUCGUAUCAACCAAUUUCAAGAUUUGAAAGAAGAGAAAUUAAAAGAAUAAGUGAUGGAAGAGAAGAAUCAGAAGUUAUACAGCCUGAUGUGAUAGAUGAUCAAAUACCUUCAAUAAUUGAUGGAAUAAAAUUUCCAUCAAAGAAUAAUAUUGGAUCUGAUAUAAUUAUAUUACCACCGGAAGAAUUGGAUAAUUAUGAAUUUGAUCAAAUAAAAGAAAACAAGAAUAAUAGUGUACCAAGUUCUACUAAUUCAAUUGUGAAGAGAAUAUUUGAAGAUGUUGCGGUUUUGAUAGUUUUAGUUAUAUUGAUUUUAUUUUUUGGAAGAUCAAACAAGUAUAUCAAAAGGUUAUUCUAUGAUUCAUCAAGUUCAAAGAUUGAAGAAAUACCAGAAUAUGAAAAAAUUCAAAUUAUAGAAACUCAACCACCAAAAAAGAAAGUAACAAUAGUUGAACCAGAAGAAGUAAAAGAAGAAGUAAAAGAUUCUGCAUCUGAACCACAAGAAGAACCUAAGUCUCUUGAUUCUAUUUCAGAAAAAUCGAAUGAAAAUGAAGCAACUCCAGAAACUAUUAAUGAUACUACAACGAACUCUACUGAAUCGGCUCCAGCUCCAUAUAAAAAGAAGAAGAGAGGUAGUAGAGGUCAAAAGAAACGUGGAGGAAGAAAAAUCAAUAAAUCUACAAGUAAUGAACCUUCAGAAAAUAAUAUAUAUGAUGAUGAUGAUGAUGAAGAAUUUGAUGAUAUUAAUAAAGAAAUUACUGAAAUACGAGCACAUAAUAAUGAAGUUGAAGAAAUAGAGAAACAAGUUGAAGAAGAAGUCAAAGAGGAAAUACAGAAAGAGAUUAUGACCAAAUCAUUAAUUCAAAGUUUACCAACACCAAUUAAACCACAAAAAUUACAUAUUGAGAAUAAUUUAAUCAUUUCAGAAACUGUAUUAGGUUUUGGUUCACAUGGUACUGUUGUAUUUGAAGGUACUUUUGAAAACCGUCCAGUUGCAGUUAAACGUAUGUUACUUGAUUUUUAUGAUAUUGCAAAUCAUGAAGUUAAAUUAUUACAAGAAUCAGAUGAUCAUCCAAAUGUUGUUCGAUAUUUUUGUUCACAAACUUCAGAACUGGAAAAAUUUCUAUACAUUGCAUUAGAAUUGUGUCUUUGUACACUUGAGAAUAUAAUUGAACUACCUUCAAAAUUUCCAAAUUUGAAAAUACCAAAAAGAAAUGAUAUUUUAUACCAACUAACUAGUGGAUUAAAUUAUUUACAUUCUUUAAAAAUAGUUCAUCGUGACAUUAAGCCACAAAAUAUUUUAGUUUCUUUAGGUAAAAGUAAAAUUGCAGAAAAUAAUGUCAGAUUAUUAAUUUCAGAUUUUGGUUUAUGUAAAAAGUUAGAUAAUGAUCAGUCUUCAUUUAGAGUUACAACACAACAUGCAGCUUCUGGUACUUCUGGAUGGAGAGCUCCUGAAUUAUUAUUAAAUCAUGAAAAAGAACCAAAUUUAUUUGAAAUUUCACCAGAUUCAAUAUCAUCAAACAAUGAAACUACAAGUAAUGGUUCUGGAGGUAAGAGAUUAACUAAAGCAAUUGAUAUAUUUUCACUUGGUUGUGUUUUUUUUUAUAUUUUAACUGAUGGUUUACAUCCAUUUGGUGAUCGAUAUUUAAGAGAAGGUAAUAUAAUUAAAGGAGAAUAUGAUUUAUCAAUUUUAUAUAAAAAAUGUCCAAAUGAUAAAUAUGAAGCAAUUGAUUUAAUUUCAAAACUAAUUCAAUUUGAUCCUUCAAAAAGACCAAACACAACUAAAAUUUUAUCACAUCCUUUAUUUUGGUCAAAUUCAAAAAGAUUAGAAUUUUUAUUAAAAGUAAGUGAUCGAUUUGAAAUCGAAAGAAGAGAUCCACCAAGUGAAUUAUUAUUAAAAUUAGAAUCUAAAUCUCAAAAAAUUACAAAUUUGGAUUGGCAUUCAAAAUUUGAAAUUGAAUUUCUUGAUAAUUUAAAAUCUUAUAGAAAAUAUCAUACUUUCAAAUUAAUGGAUUUAUUAAGAGCAUUAAGGAAUAAAUAUCAUCAUUUUAAUGAAAUUCCAAAACCUUUACAAAGUAAAAUGUUACCAUUACCUGAUGGAUUUUAUAAGUAUUUUAAUGAUAAAUUUCCAAAUCUAUUAAUUGAAAUUUACUACAUUGUUGAACAAGAAUUAAAAGAUGAACAUAUAUUUAGUGAAAAUUUUGUUUAA